AUGGCAGGAGCUUUGAUCGGAGAGGCUUUUCUCUCUGCUUCCAUCCGGACGCUAUGCGACAAGGUUUCUUCUGGCGAGCUCGUGGACUUCUUCCGGCGGAAAAAACUUGACCAUUCACUAUUGGAGAAACUGAAGCUGACGUUGUUGACCCUUCAUGCAGUGCUCAAUGAUGCAGAGGAGAAGCAGAUUGUCAACCCUGCUGUGGGGAUGUGGCUCAACGAGCUCAAACACGCUGUCUUUGAUGCGGAGGAUCUACUGGAUGAGAUCGAUGCUGAAGUUUUGCGCUCCAAGGUGGAAGCUGAAUAUCAAACUAAGAAAACCCAGGUGUGGAACUUCCUAUCUACCUCUCUUAAUCCUUUUUGUCAAGGCAUGAAUGGUAGGGUACAAGUGAUAUUUGAGAGACUAGAACACCUUGCGAAACAAAAAGAUCUCCUUGGUCUUAUAGGAGUUGUCAAGGGAACAGUUUCUCAAAGAACUCCCACAACAUCCUUUGUUGAGCAUGAAUUUAGUGCUUGUGGUAGGGAAAGAGAUGAAAGGGAGUUGAAAAGGAUGUUGCGAUCGGAUAAUGCAAGUAGUAGCCACAUAUCGGUAAUCCCCAUAGUGGGAAUGGGCGGGGUUGGUAAGACAACCCUUGCUCGGGUCCUUUACAAUGAUAAAAAAAUAAAAGAGCAUUUUGAUGUUACAGCUUGGGCCUGUGUUUCCGAAGAUUUCGAUGAUAUUAGGGUAACUAAAACCCUUAUUGAAUCAAUUAUCUCAAAACCUUGCAGUCUUCAAGAUAUGAGCUUGCUUCAAGUUGAACUUAGGGAACAAGUGAGGGGGAAAAAAUUCCUAUUUGUGUUGGAUGACCUUUGGAAUGACAACUAUAGUGAUUGGGAUCUUGUACGGGCUCCCUUUACUUAUGGGGCGAGGGGAAGUAAGGUCAUAGUGACAACAAGGAACGAAAGUGUUGCAUCCCUUGUGCACACUGGUCCUAUUCACUACUUGAGACAUUUGUCAGAUGAAGAUUGUUGGUUGUUACUCUCAAAACAUGCAUUUAGAAAUGAAAAUCCUAGUGCACAUCCAGAGUUGGAAGAAAUUGGUAAGCAAAUUGCACACAAGUGUGACGGUCUUCCUUUAGCUGCAAAAGCACUUGGGGGUCUCUUAGGUUGUAAU